AUGAUUUAAUCAACAGAAUUACUCUUAUGUCUAACUAUUAUGUUAAGUUCAACAAUGUUCUGUAAUUAUUACCCUAUGGAUGCUAAGGCUUGUAUUUCAAAGACUGAUGGGAUUUAGUGUAUAUAUAAUUUGUAAUGAUAAGGUUAUUUUAAUGAAUUUGAGAAUGCCUGUCUACCAACAAGAGAGACUAGCCAUGGAUGUAUAAAUACAUUGAAUAAAUUAUCAUGUUUGAAUCAACUUACAUAAAAUGAUGGUACUGAAGCUACAUGUAUUUAUAUAUAUAUAUUUGAUAGGCAUAUUCACAAAUAGGUGUUUAAAAGCAAAAAAGUAACAUUUCAAAAAUCUUGGUUGUGCAUUAAAUUAUUCAUAAUAUGCUUGUAUGAAUGCAUAAAAGAGUGAUUGUNUUUAAGUAUGA